GCCUUGACUCUAGUAGCGAGUAGAGAGCAAACCGCAAUGAAACAAGGAAAAACAGAUCGUCAAGAAACGACCGGACGAACAUCGCUAGAUCGUUUGUGUUGUACGUCUGGGUUGUUGCUGUCCAUCGCGUGCUGUCUCGCACUAAUUCAUGUGGAAUUCAAGAUUCAGGAGCAACAAAGGUUGAUUUCACAAACGACGACAGUCUGUGAUAAGAUGGAGACUGAAAUACUGCGAAAAGUACAACAAAAUUUUAAACGGUGGGGAGGAAUGACAGGCGAGAAAACACAGGAAAACACAGGUAGGCUAGGAUGCGUUGUUUCAUGGCAGGCACAGAAUUUGAGCCCUAUGUAAAACCGGUUUUGUGACAAAAAAAUCAACUACAACAAAAAGUGAAUCUAUUCCUUUUCUGUAAUCAAAAGAGGAAAGUUUCUCACCAGCCCCGUGUGCGAUAUUUUCAAUCCGACCAUUGUCACAUUACAGAUUUAGUCUCGAGUUUACUUUCUAGGCCCAUUUAGUACUAUAAUUUUUGUUUUCUUGAUUAUAAUCGUUCAGGUCACAAAGAGAGCGAUUUCAGACGAAAGAGAAGUGCAAGCUCAGCAACGAGCAGACAAGUUAGUCCAACAGUAACACCCUCCUAUGUACAACUGCUGAUACGAGACGAGCUGAGACUUCUACAGAACCAAAUCUGCGCUAAAGAUCACGUGUUAUGCCGUGCAGGACCGAGAGGAAAACCGGGCCGUCGGGGAAGACGGGGAAGCCCUGGGAAGCAUGGCCCCCAGGGAAUUCCAGGACCAUUGGGAAUAAAAGGAGAUUCGGGAGUACAGGGGGAUGUGGGACCACCCGGACCAAGAGGCCCUCGAGGAGAGAAGGGUCAGAAAGGCGAACAGGGAAAGUCAAUUUCCGCUCCCUUUUUCAUCGAAGCACCUGCUGAGAAAACAGUCAAAGAAGGCCAAACGGCAGUUUUGAAGUGUGAAGCAGACGGAUAUCCACCACCGAGGGUCACAUGGUCAAGGAAAAGAUUGACACUUCCGGCUGGGCGUCACGUGACGGGACCCAGUAACGCUCUUAUUUUAAAGAAUCUCGGACCAGAAGAUACCGGAAUUUACAGCUGCAGUGCAGAAAACCUUUUGGGAAGUGUCAACGCUUCGGUACAAUUAACAGUGCAGUGUGAGUUUCAUGAAGUCUCGUCUUUUGACAUCUUAUGGCGUCAACAUACAUAUAGCGUUACUAUACAUCAUCUUUUAUUGUCACCGUAAAUUCAAAACAAGGAUACAUUAAUAAUAGUAAUAAUAUUAAUUAUAAUAAUGAUAAUAAUAGAGAACAGAAUCAAAUUUUCUCUUUUAUGGUGGUCAAUUCUAAAGUAUUCAUCUUUAUUCAUUGUUUUAUCUGAUUGUAUUUCAACAGUUGCUCCGCGGUUAUCAAAGAGUUCCAGUCAAGUGAUGGCUGAAGAAGCGAAAAACAUCAGCAUAAGCUGCAGUGCCACUGGUCAGCCGCAGCCUAAUAUCACGUGGUCGAAAUCGAUCGGUGAUUUACCUGUAGGGGCUGUGGUUAGCACUAAAGAACUGAAAGUCAGCAAUGUACAAAAACAGGACGGGGGAGUCUACAUAUGCAAAGCAGAAAAUAUUCUGGGAAAGGCGGAAGAAACUGCGCAAGUUGUAAUAUUCUCAGAACUGCAGUUUUCAGUUCGCUCUCCCAAGCGGAUUACUCCAUUCCUUGGGUCGCCUGUGCGACUUCCAUGUGUAGCCAAAAGUGACCUGAGCCCUACAGUCACGUGGUUAUUCCAUGGUAAGCCAUCACUUCCGACUGAUUCUAAUAUUCUACAAAACAACACGCUGGUUAUUCCCAGUGUGAAAAAUUCACACGCUGGAUCGUAUACUUGUAGAGCGAGUAAUGCUCUGUCAACAAUCGAGGCACGUGUGGAAAUAAAGACUCCUUUUACUCCUUUAUCAUGUUCUGUGAUACGUAAAUACGUCAGCAACUCGAGCGGAAGUUAUGUCAUUGACCCAGAUGGCGAAGGAGGACUGGCACCGUUUACUGUGUAUUGUGACAUGAGUGACAAAAAUGGCGUUGGCGUGACAGUUAUAAGUCACGACAGUGAAAACAGAAUACUUGUGGACGGAUAUGAGGACCCAGGUUCAUACUCACGAAGUAUUCAUUACUCAGGAGCAAGUUUGUCUCAGUUGGCGAGCCUUACCGACGCCUCUUCGCACUGUGAACAGUUUAUCAAAUAUGAAUGCUAUGGUUCUCUGAUAUUGCUCGACUCAUAUGGUUGGUGGGUGUCACGUGAAUCUACGAAGAUGACGUAUUGGGGAGGAGCCUCGCCUGGAAGUAACAAGUGCGCAUGCGGAAUGACCUACUCAUGUGCAGACUCAAGUCAACAGUGCAACUGCGGUAUGAAUGACGCAGUGUGGCGUGAAGACAGCGGUCUCCUUACUGAUAAAACACAACUGCCAGUCAAACAGCUCAGGUUUGGCGAUACAGGCGUUAACGGGGCCAAACGGGUAAAAGAUGAGAAGGGUUACCACAUUCUCGGAAAACUGAAGUGUUACGGGAUAGCAAAUUAGCAGCUAAUUUUAUACUAGCAACCGGAAUAUACGCCGGUCAAAAAAUGUAAGGUACCUGCCACUUUUCCAGUUUGCUGUUAGAUUUAGCUCCACCAAGCAUUUUCAUAUCCAUAUCUAGUGGUGAAAAAUUAACUUACGAUGACCUUAAAGUUUUUUCACUAUACAAAAACACGGUGAAAACUGUAUUAAAAGGACUCUAUUUUAAACGAACAUGAGAAUCAGCGUCCCACACUGAAACAGAUAAUUCACUGUAAAACCUGCGAGGGUUCCGUAAGUGUUCCUCACUCUUGUUCGGUCAUCAUGGCAACAAAAAAAGGAAUUAGCUUCCUUUGGAGAAUGACUUGUGUUUUCGACGUUCAAAGGCUGUUGUGUUGAGUGAGUUAUCUUCAUGACACUGGUAUAGUUAGCCGAAAAAUGUGAGAAUUCUCGCGGUAUUGCCAUUUUAAACAAACGCAUACUGAAUUCGUAUUUUAGCGCUUCUUACGGGACCCCGACCCUGCACGUUUCCUUGAUAACAGCAAACUAGCGGGUUUGGUGUGGUUAGUGAAUAUUAAAAGUUAAUUAAACUAUAUUAUGAUUUAAAAUCCUGUAGAAUAUGCUUCAACCGACUUUAUUAUAGUAUAUUCAAAAGUGUUAUUAAAACCAUUUUAAUGUACAACUUUAAUUUUAACUUUUCCACCCACUUUGUGUGAUUCUAGCUUCCUUGGCUGCGAUAGUCUUUUUUUAACUGCGAUAAUCUCUCCACCAUUGCCAUAACAGUGGACAUCACAGUCAGCAUCGCAAUUCAUCGUUAUUUAUUAUGUUCAGCAUCGACAACAUCAUAUUCGCCACCACCAACUUCACUAUCGUAGUCUUCUCUUCUCGUCAUCAUCAUCAUCAUCAUCAUCAUCAUCAUCGUUAUCAUUAUGGUCGUCGCCGUCAUCAUCAUCAUCGUCGUCGUCGUUGCAGUCGCCGUAAUCGUCAUCAUUUAAACUUAAUAUCGUUAUCAUCUUUAUUACCGCCCCCAUUAUCAUAGUCAUCGUCGUCACCGCCAUCACCAUAAUCAUGGUCUUAUCAUCGUCGUCAAAAUCACUGCCAUAGUCACAAUAAGCAUCGACGUUACCAUACCAACCAUCAGCAACAAAUUCACCAUCACUUACAUACGUCAACGUUCUUCAUGCAUCAUCAGUCUUUAAUUAUAAUUAUCAUCAUCACAAUCGUCCUUAUCAUCAUCAUCACCAUUGUCAUUAACAUUCAUCAUCAUCGUCACCUCCAUUACCGUCACCAUCACCACCACCAAGACAUGACACAACUGCCGGUCAAACAGAUCAGGUUUGGAGAUACAACAACAUUCGGUCCUGUUGAUGAGAAAGGCUACCACACUCUGGGAAAACUUAAAUGUUGCAAGUGAAUAGCAAGUUUCAUAAGUCUGGAUUCGGAAUUUUUUGUCGUUAAAAGAAUGUGACGUACCCGCAAUUUGUCCAGUUUUGCUGUUAGAUUUACCCGUAUAUUAACACAUCCGCAACUAAGCGUGCGAUUUAACUAAACCCUCGGACGUACAAGCGGGGGUGGGGGUGGUUGCCACCCCCUAAGGUUUUUCCGAUUUUUUCCUAGACGAUAAAACAUCAGCACCUGAAGUUUUCUGUAGUUGUUCGUUUAUCCCUUGCUCGCAUUUUGAGACAAGUUUAGUAAUGGUCAGUUACUAUGGUUACGAGAAAUGACGUCACAAGUAGUAGGUGGUCAAGUCAUUUCUGAGUGAAAAUGAAUGUUUUUUCAACUUCUUUCAGGAAUAAAAGUAAAGUUUGUGGAUGAAAUGAUGCAGAAUAAUAAUUUAUUUGUUAUUGAACAUGUUAAGCGCAAAAAAUUAUUAACUCUCAUCGUUUUUACCUGAUUUCUAAUUCUUGAAAGAAUCCAAGAUGGCGACCAUGUUUGGUGACGUCACAGACUUCCAGCAGCGCCACCACGCAUAAAAUAUACCUCAUCUUGUAGAGAAGAUCAAAGGCUUUCCAGCUUUCCACUGAAGGCAAAAUCGUUUCGAAAUACUGGAACAUAUCAAAAACUUAAGGUGGAGGUUCCAUUAACCCCCCCACCUUGUACCACGGUAGGAGUAUGACUUUGCGUGUACGUCCGAGGGUUAAUAAACUAACCUAUAAAAAAUCUUUUGACUUUCUCGAGACAAGGCGCAUUAUGUGAAGGUUUUUGACUGACGACAGUAAACGACAAACCCACAUACCAAGAUUUGGUGGUCGCUUACGAUAGAUUAUAACUAUAGUGCUUUGAAUGGUAAAGUGAUUUUGUUUCUUUGAAUAGAGAGGUGGUUCAACUGCAUAGAAAUUGCUAAGUAGCAGGAUACUUUUGAUUCAUAUCCCAUACAGUUCCCACCGCUGACUUUUUUUAGUUUCACCCCUCAAAGUAAUAUGCAGUAGUCAAAAAUUAGCCUGUGUACAAACCCCCUUCCCUCAGGAUUUUUCCUGAGCUAUAAAAUAUGACCUGAACCAUUGUUGCCUUUCUAAUAUUGUACACUUAUAGUAAUUAAACAAUGCAAGUUUGUAUCUAAAUAAGCUGUUUUCUGCAUUUUGGAUGCAGUUACUAAAUGCCCAACAUGUCACUAAAAAAUGGCACACCUGGAGAAAUACUGGAACGUAUAGCUACGAUUUUUAUGCAAAGUGUAUAACCUCGUUAUAGCGAACAUAUUUUUCCGGUCCCUCGGCCCUUCUUUACGGCGAGGUUCCACUGUCUUAAUGAAAUUAACAAAACGAGGUUAUACACUUUGCAUAAAAAUCGUAGCUAUACGUUCCAGUAUUUCUCCAGGUGUGCCAUUUUUUAGUGACAUGUUGGGCAUUUAGUAACUGCAUCCAAAAUACAGAAAACAGCUUAUUUAGAUACCUCUUCACCGACAAAAAAUAAAGGAAAAGUAUUUUUUGUCGCGAAAUCGAGUGGACCGCUUUUAGGGAGACUGCCUCUUAAUAUUUAACAAACCCCUAAUCCAAUAUUUUCAAAUUUCCAAAAUUUUUAUACCUCCCCUCCUCCCUAAUUUUCCUACAUUUAAAACAUUCGAAAAAUCAUCCAAAAAUUAUUGAAUCAAGGACUCCAAACUAAUUGUGCCAUGUUUUGAUUCAAUGAAAUCUUAAGAAAAAGGGCGGAAAUAAACGAAAAACAAUCCUUUAACCAGACUCCCUCCUUGAAAGCGCCUGUCUAUCUAUAACCUCUUCGUAAUAGUUCCAUAUAAUUGGCCCUUUGCAGCUAGCCAUUCACGUAGUACAAAACCGCCAUGCUGAAGAGCAAAAGUCGUACUGGGACAAGACAAACAAAAAACACAUAAUUUGAAAUGGUAACUUUCUUUGCUUUUCUUGUCCCAGUGCGACUUUUGCUCUCCAGCACGGCGGUUUUGUACCAUGUGAAUGGCUAGCUGCAAAGGGCCUAUACGGACAAUCAAUCUGAGCGAUUUUCUUUGGUCUUUGCGCAAUAUUGCUGGUCUACACAAAGCACUGUUUACUCUUUUCCGCCUACAACUUGCUGCUGAUUGUCCUAGUGGUUUCCUCGUUGUUUAAAGUAGUCACUGGUCGCCCCAUAUAAGUGAAUCUAAAACCGUUUUGGAUUGUCGAUUCCGCGCCGUGGAUUCCGGAUCCCAUUCUUUGUCAGUGGAACUUUGAUUCUGGAUUGCAAUCGUCAGUGGGAUUCCAGAUUCCCCGAGCUGUAUUCCUGUUUCCAAAGCGUGGGAUUUCGGAUUCCACAAACAAAUUUUCCCGUAUUCCGGAUACGGAUUCCUCAAGCAGAAAUUCCCGGGAUUUCGGAUUUCCUUACAUGGUGCGAUACUGGACAACUUCUCUUUCAAGUUCCUUCAACACUCGGUGAAUAUGGGCCUAGUACAGCUGGUGAAAUCGCGCGUCCGAAAACGGCGGUAGUGGAGAGAGCGCGAGUAAAACCUGCGGGGAUGGUUGAUCUAUGACGUAGUAGUAAACCUUAAAAGUCCUUUAAAAUUCGAUUCAAAGCGUGCUCAGAUCCCACGUGGCUGAAAAAUCUGCAGGUAAUGCCAGCUAAGAAGUUCAACUUUUAUGGCAACUUUUAUAACCUAGCGACAUCUGCUUUACUACGAAAAAGUAUAUCAACUCCGUUUAAAAAAAUUCGCAUCUCUCAAACGGCCGACAUAAGGCAUUAAAAAUUUUACAUGUAAUAGAACAUGAUGUUUUUCUUGAAAGGAAAUUUUCAAACUAAAGUUUUGAUUUACUUAGACUCAACAAAUAAUAAACAAUGUUUUUAUAUAUGCCUCUGACAAUAUGACCUUUGGCAACAUAAACUUGACGAUUAAUCUCGCAGUUAUUACAGCCGAUCAACGAAAAGCGGUUUACAUUGGGUCUGAGCCAGCCACACCCUCAAAACAUAACAGGAAGUUGUCCCUUCAUUAUCAUCAGUCUAGUAUCUCAUUUCUCCCCUUUGAAUGGUUAGCAAUUUAAUUUAAUCUCGCACAUAACCGAUAUAGUGGCACUUAAUUGCUAAAGCCUUGACUCUAGUAGCGAGUAGAGAGCAAACCGCAAUGAAACAAGGAAAAACAGAUCGUCAAGAAACGACCGGACGAACAUCGCUCGAUCGUUUGUGUUGUACGUCUGGGUUGUUGCUGUCCAUCGCGUGCUGUGUCGCACUAAUUCAUGUGGAAUUCAAGAUUCAGGAGCAACAAAGGUUGAUUUCACAAACAACGACAGUCUGUGAUAAGAUGGAGACUGAAAUACUGCGAAAAGUACAACAAAAUUUUAAAUGGUGGGGAGGAAUGACAGGCGAGAAAACACAGGAAAACACAGGUAGGCUAGGAUGUGUUGUUUCAUGGCAGGCACAGAAUUUGAGCCCUAUAUAAAACCGGUUUAGUGACAAAAAAAUCAACUACAACAAAAAGUGAAUCUAUUCCUUUUCUGUAAUCAAAAGAGGAAAGUUUCUCACCACCCUCGUGUGCGAUAUUUUCAAUCCGACCAUUGUCACAUUACAGAUUUAGUCUCGAGUUUACUUUAUAGGCCCACUUAGUGAUAUAAUUUUUGUUUUCUUGAUUAUACUCGUUCAGGUCACAAAGAAAGCGAUUUCAGACCAAAAAGAAGUGCAAGUUCAUCAACGAGCAGACAAGUUAGUCCCACAGUAAAACCUUCCUAUGUACAACUGCUGAUACGUGACGAGCUGAGACUUCUACAGAACCAAAUCUGCGCUAAAGAUCACGUGUUAUGCCGUGCAGGACCGCGGGGAAAACCGGGCCGCCGAGGAAGACCCGGAAGCCCUGGGAAGCAUGGCCCCCAGGGAAUUUCAGGACCAAUGGGAAUAAAGGGGGAACUGGGAGUACAGGGAAAUGUGGGACCACCUGGACCAAGAGGUCCUCAGGGAGAGAAGGGUGAGAAAGGCGAACAGGGAAAGUCAAUUUCCGCUCCCUUUUUCAUCGAGGCACCUGCUGAGAAAACAGUCAAAGAAGGCCAAACGGCAGUUUUGAAGUGUGAAGCAGACGGAUAUCCACCACCGAGGGUCACAUGGUCAAGGAAAAGAUUGACACUUCCGGCUGGGCGUCAUGUGACGGGACCCAGUAACGCUCUUAUUUUAAAGAAUCUCGGACCAGAAGAUACCGGAAUUUACAGCUGCAGUGCAGAAAACCUUUUGGGAAGUGUCAACGCUUCGGUACAAUUAACAGUGCAGUGUGAGUUUCAUGAAGUCUCGUCUUUUGACAUCUUAUGGCGUCAACAUACAUAUAGCGUUACGAUACAUCAUCUUUUAUUGUCACCGUAUAUUCAAAACAAGGAUACAUUAAUAAUAGUAAUAAUAAUAUUAAUUAUAAUAAUGAUAAUAAUAGAGAACAGAAUCAAAUUUUCUCUUUUAUGGUGGUCAAUUCUAAAGCAUUCAUCUUUAUUCAUUGUUUUAUCUGAUUGUAUUUCAACAGUUGCUCCGCGGUUAUCAAAGAGUUCCAGUCAACUGAUGGCUGAAGAAGGGCAAAACAUCAGCAUAGCCUGCAGUGUUUCUGGUCAGCCGCAGCCUAAUAUCACGUGGUCGAAAUCGAUCGGUGAUUUACCUGUAGGGGCUGUGGUUAGCACUACAGAACUGAAAGUCAACAAUGUACAAAAACAGGACGGGGGUGUCUACAUAUGCAAAGCAGAAAAUAUUCUGGGAAAGGCGGAAGAAACUGUGCAAGUUGUAAUAUUUUCAGCACUGCAGUUUUCAGUUCGCUCUCCCAAGCAGAUUACUCCAUUCCUUGGGUCGCCUGUGCGACUUCCAUGUGUUGCCAAAAGUGACCUGAGCCCUACAGUCACGUGGUUAUUCCAUGGUAAGCCAUCACUUCCGACUGAUUCUAAUAUUCUACAAAACAACACGCUGGUUAUUCCCAGUGUGAAAAAUUCACACGCUGGAUCGUAUACUUGUAGAGCGAGUAAUGCUCUGUCAACAAUCGAGGCACCUGUGGAAAUAAAGACUCCUAUUACUCCUUCGUCGUGUUCUGUGAUACGUAAAUUCGACAGCAACUCGAGCGGAAGUUAUGUCAUUGACCCAGAUGGCGAGGGAGGACUGGCACCGUUUACCGUGCAUUGCGACAUGCAUGACAAAAAUGGAGUUGGAGUAACAGUUAUAAGUCACAACAGUGAGAGCAGAACACUAGUGGAUGGAUAUGAUAGUCAUGGUGAUUACUCGCGCAGCAUUCACUACUCAGGAGUUACCUUGUCUCAGCUAAGGAGUCUUACUCGCGCCUCUACAUACUGCGAACAGUUUAUCAAAUAUGAAUGCUAUGGCUCCGUUUUAAGACUUGGCAGUUCAUCGCCUGUUGGUUGGUGGGUAUCACGUGAUUCUGCUCAAAUGUUGUACUGGGGAGGAGCCUCGCCUGGAAGUAACAAGUGCGCAUGUGGGAUGACCAAUUCGUGUGCAGACUCAUGGGAACCGUGUAACUGUGAUAAGAAUGACGCGGAGUGGCGAGAGGACAGCGGUCUUCUCACAGACAAGGACCAUCUUCCAGUCAAAGAGCUCAGGUUUGGAGAUACAGGAACUUACGGGCCGAACAAUGUUGCCGAUGAAAAGGGCUACCACACUCUCGGAAAACUGAAGUGUUAUGGUAUGGCAAAUGCAUAA